ACGAUGACCUUGACGAUCCUCUGACGUUUCAUGUUCCACCAUCAUCAAGUCAAAAUUGAGAUGAAGUGACCACGUCCAGAACUGAUGUCGCUCUCGUCCCAGCGUCAGCUGUUCUGUUACAGGCUCACACGCCGAACUAACACGGCACGACCUUUUGAACAUCGUGCUGUUGUCAACAAUCAGAGAGCGCCCGUCUACAUUUCCCGACCGACCCCGGCCCCGCCGCCCUCCAUCAUGUCGCUGCUCACCCACGCGCUGGCGUGUCUGUUCGGCAUGGGCUCCUGGGUGGCCAUCAACGGGAUGUGGGUGGAGCUCCCCCUGGUCGUGCCCGAGAUCCCAGAGGGCUGGUACCUGCCGUCGUACCUCACCGUCCUCAUCCAGAUGGCCAACGUCGGCCCCCUCUUCGUCACCCUGAUGCACCGCUUCCGCCCGGGGGCGCUGGACGAGCGGCCGGUCAUCUACGGCAUCGUGGCGUUGGGGAUCGUCGCCACGUUCCUGCUGGCUUUCUUCUGGAGGCACACGGUGGCAAUAGGUGGCUCGUUGCACAGCGUUCCCCUGCUGGUGUUGAGCUUCCUGCUCUCCGUGGUCGACUGCACCUCCUCCGUGACCUUUUUGCCCUUCAUGAUGCGGCUGCGUCCGCAGUACCUCACCACAUACUUUGCCGGCGAGGGCCUCAGCGGCCUGGUGCCGGCGCUGGUGGCUCUGAUCCAAGGAGUCGGUGUGGUCCAGUGUCGGAACGCCUCUUUGGCCGCCGCCGCCGCCAACACAACAGCGGACGACUCCGCCGAGCUCACGGCCGUCUACCUGCCGGCCAAGUUCCCUGCCCAGGUCUUCUUCGUGCUCCUCAGCGCCAUGAUGGCCGUGUCCCUGGCGGCGUUCGUCCUGCUCAACCAUCACCCGGCCGUGGCCCGGGAGCGGAAGAGCGACCUCUACUUCAGCGGGGACCUGGGUCUGGGGAAGGGAGAGCAAGGUCUGUCGCUGCGCACCCACACGCCGGAGCAGAAGCCCAUGCUCAGUCCGCUGGAGGCGGUCAGGAGGGAACCCAGGAGCUCCUUCGGGAGGGGCACGUACAGCUGCUUGGAGGUGGCGUUCAUCUUCGUGGUGCUGGCCUGGGUCAACGCUCUGACCAAUGCGGUGCUGCCCUCCGUGCAGUCCUACUCCUGUCUGCCUUAUGGGAACAAGGCCUACCACCUAGCCGCCACCAUGGCAGCUGUCGCCAACCCAGUGGCCUGCUUCAUCGCCAUGUUAAUGCCGACACGGUCUCUCGUCUUCAUGGGUUCCUUGACCAUGUUGGGAUCUGGAUUCGGAGCCUACAUCAUGGCCAUGGCUGCUCUCAGUCCCUGUCCCCUGCUGGUCCACAGUGCGUCUGGAACCGUCGUCAUAGUUCUGGCCUGGGUCCUGUUCGUCCUGACCCUGUCCUACGUGAAGGUCACCAUCGGGGUGAUCCUGCGGGACGAGGGCCACAGCGCCCUCGUGUGGUGCGGGGCCGUCGUGCAGCUGGGCUCCAUGGUCGGCGCCGUGUCCAUGUUCCCGCUGGUCAGCGUCUACGGCCUCUUCAAGUCGGGCGACGCUUGCAACACCAAGUGUCCCGCGUAGACGCAAGAUGUGUUGACGGUGAAACGCCGCUGCGGCUCAAAACUGGAAAUUCAAAUUGCACUUACAGUUCUUUUGGUCGCACUGAACUCUGUGUCACAAGCUCUACAUGUUCCAACUGGUGUCAACAGAACUGAGACGUCGCAGGUUGUUUAUCAACGGUUAUAUGAUAUCCGACGUGUGUUCCUUGUUUUCUGCUUCACGCAGAUGUCUGUAUUCGUUGACUUACUGAACCGUGUUGUACUGCUGACAUUUUUUUUAAAUAUAUAGUUUUGAAUCCGUGAGGACUGAAUGCCCUGCGGGGUUUGUUCAGAGUUGUGUGGUUUAAUCCAAUUAACUAACUUUGACGAACUGUGUUUAAACUUUAAUGAACUGUGAUAGACCCGAUAUUAAUAACCAACAGUUUCCCUCCAUGUUACAAGAAGAAGAAGAAGGAGAAGAAGGAGAUCUACUCACCAUGUUCACAAGAGGUCAAAGCCAUUUUUACUUGAACUGCAGCGGAAAUGUGCAAAGUGUAAAUUGAAUUGACGUUGCCUUAAUAAUAUACGUGCCUUCGUUUGAGACAGAUAUGACUUUUUGCUGUUGUUGUUGUUUUGUCCUUUAACAUUGUAACUUGCUUUGUGGAUAACACUAGAGUGCAGACACUGUUCAAUAUCAUACCACAUGAAACCCUUUGGUUUUACUGCUGUGCAUUGCUGCUUUGUCUUCCAUUAAAUUAAUAGCAAAUCAA